AUGGGCCAUAAGAAUGUCGCUGGGGUCGACGUACAGGGAUGGAGGGUGGAGGUGUCUCACAACUGGGAUGUCUUAGGCCCGUUCCCCAUUCACGCGCGCGAGCAGCACUUUCUGUCGCCCUCGUUUCCUCUCAACCUAUCCGAACCCGUCGAUCUCGCUGCGACAUGGCCGUCUUCCUACGCCGACGGAGGCGCUGUUGGGUGGACGAAGGCUCAGUCCACUGAAGUUGGUCUGCUCGAAGUCUCUUUCCCUCAUAUCAGGCGCCGUCUUUCUAGAUGGGAUUCGCUACGCGCGACCGAGGGAUGGGCGGCCUUGCAGCAUCACAGCUUGCUCCGUACCACGUUGACGGUACAUCCUCCCUCGAGCGCAGUUUCCAGGACGGAGCCUCGCUUGCUCGUAAACCUCCUCCAAGGAUCGCUGUUUACCAUCCGCCCUUCGUCUGAUUAUGCGGGCUUCGUGCCCGAAUGGCAUGCCGGCAAUAUUUAUAUGAUCCAUCGAGCCGCCCCGAACACAAUCAGCCUUCCUGUUCCUCCCUCCCUCGACUCUCCAACCACAUAUGACUUCUUUCUGAGCGGUGACUACGAAAUUCGGCUCUUCGGAGAUCCUCGUCACGACACCAGCUCCAACGGGGUGCCCAAGCUGUCUAUCACGGUCACAUUUGAGAUCGAGGAUCCCAAUGCAGUUCCUGAACCUGUUGUGCGCGACACCUCCCAUGACGUCGCAUGUGACUUCGUGGGUGGCUGGGCUUUUGGCGAAGCACUCGGCAUUGGUCUGCAGAGCAAACACGGCUGGUGGACGGUCGUCGACGUUGUCUCCACCGAUGCGAUAUCCGAGGUAUGUUGUGUCAUCUUGCUCUCUCUGUCCGAGCAGAUGCAGAUUGCGCCCACUCAGACCCGCAUCGUUCCGCUCCAAAUCUCACAAACGGGACCGCUCUCGCUGGACCAUCUAGAUUUCUCGUUGAAGCUCAAGUCGAAGGACGGCAAAGAUGCGGUUGUAGCCGUCACGAUACCCAUUCGGCAAUACGAGGCUUGGACUCUGCCUGCCGUCCGGACUGGGGGUAUCAAGGCGUCCUAUCUGUAUGCGUCUUCGAUGCCAACCGCGUUCCUCGUCGCUCCGCCGGAGGAGCCGAAUGUGGAUGGACCGCAGCCGCCAAUCCUGGCCCUCCACGGUGCUGGACUAGACGUGUUCGAGUGGGACUUCUGGAUCAAAGCCUUGCCUCGCGAGAGGCACGGCUGGGUCAUCGCUCCCACCGGCCGAACCGAAUGGGGACUGGACUGGCAUGGCCCGAGCACGAAGGAAGCCUGGAGCACAGUGGCAGCCCUGCAGCGAAUCUUAGAUGCGCGGGAAUCUUGGCGGGCAUGGGGUAUACCCGAAGAUACCAAAGUGUUGCUGAUGGGACAUUCCAACGGAGGUCAGGGAGCAUGGUAUACCUCGGCGAGGUUCCCCGAUAGAGUACUAGGAGUCAUACCCGCCGCUGGGUACAUUAAGUCACAGGCGUACGUUCCAUGGGUUAUGUCGAGGUCGGCACAUUAUGUGGACCCCGGACUACGUGCAGUCCUCGAUUCCUCCCUUACUCCUGACGACAACGACCUGUUCCUCACCAACGUGGUUCAUACACCUAUCCUUGCCAUUCAUGGUGGCGACGACGAUAAUGUGCCCGUGUGGCAUACUCGAGAGGCUGUUUCCGUCGUGCGCACGUGGAAUCCUCAAGCUAACAUCACUUACAGAGAGGAUCCUGGGGAGCCGCACUGGUACGAUUCGCUCUUCGCCCGGGAGGACGUGGCGUCGUUCUUGUCGGCCAACCUUGCAUCUGAGAAGUCGGUUACGCUGCCGCUGUCGUUCACAUUAACUGUCGCCAUUCCAAGCGACUCUGGAACGAUGCACGGAUGGGCUAUCCAGAGCCUCAGUGUCCCGGGGAGGUUAUCUCGGAUCGCUGUCACGAUGGAUGUGGGGACUAUUGACGUUCGGACCAGCAACGUCGACGCUUUCACCAUUCCGGUGGGAUUGUUGCCCCGAGACCUGGUGAACUCCCCAAUCGUUGUCGAUGGCCAAACAAUCACGCUCGACGAAGCCUCCUGGGAACAGCCUGAAUUCAUCCUAGGGCUGGCCAAGGAGAGCACAUGGACGGUGAGUCCAUACUCCCCUUCCUCUACCAUAACCAUCGCACGCACAGGCCGCAUAGCCAACUUCCUCACCACUCACGCCCCCUUCACCAUCGUCGCUGCCACCAAUGUGCCGUCGCAGCUGUCCAGCGCGCUCCGCAUCGCCCACGACCUGAACAUCUACCACAAGCUCGAUGCGGAGAUUAUCGACGACGACGAGGCGACCCGCCGACUGCGCGACGGGCAACUGGGCGCGGGCAACAUCGCCGUGCUGAGUAUCGGCGCUACAGGCCCCUUCGCGACCGCGCUGCUGGAGCAGAAGAAGACCCCGUUCGAGCUCGAGGAUGGAGUGCUGUCGCUCCGCGGUCGGAAGCUCGACGGCCCCUCGACUGCAACACUCUUUUUGCACCCCCACCCUUCCAACCCGGACGGCUUAACCUUGUUCGUCCACGGCUCGGACGCCGCCGGGCAGGAGAGAGCGCGGCGGCUCUUCCCCAUCCGCACUGGAAUCGCCGUUCCGGAUUGGAUCGUGAUUGGGCCGCACGCCGACGAGCGGGGGUCGGGUGGUGUCGAAAGUGCAGGGGUGUGGGGGAACGACUGGACCUGGAAUGAGGUCAUGUCUGCAUUCUAG